ACAUUGUGCUUCCGUCUAUCGCGGUGUUUGGAUCGUCUUGUAGAUGAUAGUCGGCUAAAAAUAGAAUUGCUAAUUACACAUUCUAUUUGGUUUGGGUCGUUAAAAGUGAAUUUGCAGCGAAAACAGUAUGUUGGUUAUAAAAAGUGCAUUAAAAACUGUUUUUCACUUUAAAUGAAAAUUGCAAAAAUUUUAAUUUAUUUAUACGAGUGAACUGUCCCAUUGUUGCAAUAUUAUUUAUAGCUUCUGGAGUGGUGUUUGCCCCCAUAAAGACAAUUUAAAGAUUAUUUUUUGACAUUAUUUUAAUAUAACAACGAACGUGUCUACUUCAGCUGCAAUUUUGUUGCUUGUCACUAGAGAUUCGGUCAAAAUGGUGUCAUCCGCCUGUGUUCAUCUAGUUGUACUUAGUUUGUUUUGUGUCACUUUCUGCAAUGGAAAAAGUGUUGCUCUACCAUCAGUCGAUACAAAAACGGCAGACCAGCCACAAAGCAAGCAAGAUACACCGAUUGUGGACGUAAAGCUAAACCAAAGUCCAUUCAAUGGAAUAUCGAAAGAAGCAACCAAUUCGAAACAGACUGUGUCCAAAGUGAACAAAAGCUUUAAAUUACCACCGCGAGAGUUCUUAAGCCCGCAGCCCAGUCAUAGGUCUAAUAAAAUGCUCGACUUUUUUUCCUUCUUUCCCGAUCCCAUUGUGCCACCGUACCAGUCCCCAGACUAUUAUGCUCAACAUGGAUAUUUCAACGAUAUGCAUCCGAUGGAAGUCGAUGAGAUGAUGGCUAGAGCAAAUCGACGUCGACCGAACGGCAAUGAAAAUUCACCAAUUUAUUACAUUCGAUUGCCGCCGACACCAUAUAUGUUUGUGCCGGGCAUGGGUUACAUUUCGCAGCCACCCACCAUUCAGCCACUAUCGCCACAAUACUCGAUGCCACAACAACAAGUUCCUGUCAAUCCAUUCCUCAAUGUGCCCGUCAAUUUCUUGUCGAACGGUAAACCCACAAAUGUGUAUCAGUGGAAUAACAAUCCAGCAUUUGGACCACAAUAUCCAUCGUAUCUUCCGACCAGACCGCAUCAUCGUCCCGGAUAUAGACCGAAACCUUACUUGCACGAUUCGAAAAUUACUCACUUAAAGGGACCAUAUGUCUUCAAUGGCCGACCAGAAGACAUAUACGUACUACCGAACGAUCCAUAUCAACAAAGUCCGUACAGGCCACACUAUAGUUCUAAUUUCAAUAGUCACCCAUACAAUAGUCAAAUGUACAAUACCCCAUACAAUUCCGGUUUCAAUUCGGUGUACCCUGACCCAAUGGAACAUUUCUACUAAAAACAGCAUUGCACAUUGUCGAUUCUCGACGUAACUCCAGAUAAUUGUAGAAUUUUAAGUGUCUCCUAACUUUAUUCAAAAAUAUACUCAAAGUUGGCACUGUUUUGUUGUUGAUAUAUUUUGUAAAGGUAGUUUCACGAUGAGGAAAUUGAGAUAAUUUAAGCUUUAUCUGAUGUGGGUGAGAGCGCCGGGGAUGAUACAGGAAUUUUAAAGCAAAAGUUAGGAAAAUGAUUUUCGGUUCAUGAAAGCGAAUUUAUUCUUUUUUACGUUCGGUAUAAAAGAAUUCGGUGAGGUGGAAGUUAGUCGACUUUUUUGUUUUUGUUUUAUUGUCGUUUGUUAGUUCGGUGUUAGAGCUGUGGAAAAUUGAAGAAGAAAAACCAAUUAAAGUAAUUUACACUUAUCUGGGGCUACGUUGGGCUGGCGACCAUACUGAAAAGAGAAUCUUGCAAAUUGUAAAUACGAAUCACUUAUUGCCACUAUACUGCUGACUUCUCUCAAGACGUUUUGAUUGAGAUUGUGACCUUAUUAUCUUUGAUAAAGUUAAAUUUAAUUGAUAAGUUCCUUGUUAAUGUUAGGAAAUGUCUUGAUAAGCUUAUUGAAAACACACUGCACUGCACACUCAACGACCUGCGACCUAUUUUUUCUCGUUUUUUCCCCUCUCUUUUACAUCAAGAGAAACUAUUUUUCGGUUCAACUUUUCAUAUAAUUUAAGUGUUAGCUCUAAGAAUUAUAGGAUUAUAGUGAUAAAAUGUUCUUGCAACAAGGACAGCCUCUUUAAACAAACAGAAAAA